CCAAACGAAGGCUUUGCUUGGCAAGUAAGCCAGUCCGCAAUCGAGUAGUAGAGUCCAGUCCAUUCGAUUCGAUUCGGUGCCGACUUCAAAACCAGAACUUUUUUUGUGUUGUUCAUAUUCUCUCUCUCUCGCUCUCAAUCUGCAACAAUGGCGGAUGAGAAAUCAGUGUUGGCAGUGAUUAGGGCAGCGAGACCCUCCUUCAGAAACGCCUCCGACAAGAUGGCCUUCGCAGUUCACUCCUCCUUCCUCGCCUCCGGCUACCUUCUCCACUCCACCGGCCCCCCCGCCUUCUCCGACAACGCCCUCUCCUCCUCCUCCACCGAUGAGGUGGGGAUUGAUAAUUGGAAUGAGUUCGAGGACGAUUACGCUUUUCUGUACUCGAACCCUGAAAAGGAUUCAAAGAAGGUGUUGGUGAAGUGUGUCGCCAUGAACGAUAAGUUGCUUGUUGAUGCUUUGAAAGUAGGCAGUUCUGAGCCUGCUCAUCUCCAAAUCAACAUUCCGGAUUAUGAUAAAGAGAAUGGUGGCACCAAUUAUGGUGAGCAGUAUAAGAAUUUAGAUAAGCUGGUGAGCAGUAUAGAUAAAGAGAUUUUGUCUAAAUUGAAUCGUACUUCAACAGAGAGUUCAUCAACUCAGCCUUCAAGUUCUAGAACAAGGGAUGUGGAAGUUACUGAACCCCCGAUUCAUAGACCUCAACCUCCUCCUGCAGG